AUGUCAAACGUAAAAAUUAUUCCUUCUCCAACUGAUGUGAAAGCUCUAGCUAAUAGAAUUAACUUCGAAACAAGAGACUUCCAUAAUAAGAUAGGUGCUUUCAUGUCAAUUAGACUCGCACUCGCGUUAAGACAUGGUUUCAUUUAUAGACAAGGUCUAGUUGCAUUUUAUCAUAUUUUCGGAACCAUUGAGAAUGAAAUAGAUAACUUAUUAAAUACGCUAGAUUCAGAACUGGAUUCUGUUCAAAUACAAACAAAAAAAAUCUUGAAAUCCUUCUAUGUAAACGAGUUUAGAAGAAAAGAUAAUUUGCUUCAAGAUUUGACUGUUCUUUACUAUCCGGAAUUCAAAGGGAAUAGACAAGAUGUGUUGGAUUUCUUAAAUUCGGAAACGUUUAACAAAGAGAACUAUCCAGAAUUAAACUUCUUCACAGAUUAUAUCAAAGACACUACGAAGGAGAAACCAUAUACAAUCAUUGCAUACUGCCAUGUCCUUUACCUGGCGUUAUUUGCAGGUGGCAAGAUCAUGAAAUCAAAUGUUCUUAAAAAUGUAGGUCUAUUCCCAAAAUUCGACCACAUGUCUCAUGAAGAAGUAACGAAUCAAGGUAGUAAUUUCUUUAGAUUCACACAAGAAGACACCGCUGAUUUCGAUUCAAAACUAAGAUUCGAAUAUAAGAAGAAUUAUGAACUUUCAACAAGAGAUGAAUUGAAUGAGAUGCAAAAAAAUGAUAUCAUCGAAGUGUCAAAAAAUAUUUUCGUUAUGUUGGAAAAUGUUAUUGCUGAAAUCGGGGCCAAGAACAGAACCAAGUUGAUGGGGGGCUUCACAUUGAAAACAAUAACAUAUUUGGUUGAAGAAUGGAAAUACAAUGAAAAAUUAACAAAGACAAAUAAACAAAUAAUACUCCUUAUCAUCUCAAUUAUCAAUAUAUUAAUAACUUACACCAUCAUUAAAUGGUUUCUCUCCUAA